AGUAUAAGCAAGUGAACGCUUUUAGGUAAAAGUUGAUUUACAUGAAAUAUGUGACGUGUAAAAGACUAAUACCAUGUACAUAAAUUGAAAGCAUGUAACAAUGUAGAAACUGCAACUAAUGCAGAGAACUAACUUUAUGUUAUAAAAUAAAGGAAAUUUUGCAAAAUUUUUUGCGUGAUGAAUGAGUGUAAUUGCAAAAAAAAGUAAUGAAAAAUAUAUGAUAAUUCGAAGUUAAUGUCAAAAGAUAGAAAUAAAAAAAUAUAUGAUAAUGCGCAGUUAUCAAAAGCCUUGCAGCGGAAUAGUAAAAAGUCACUAACAUAACACGAUGAUUGUAGCGCUUACGAUGGCAGCAUAAAACUGAUUGUGUAAAACAUCAAAGCAAAUUAGCUUAGUCAACAAAAUAAAUAUAAAAAAACAGGAACUCAAAAUACAACCACAAUCGUGUAAAUCAAUAAUAAACACAAAAAAAUAACAAACGCCAAAAACAUAGCAAACGGCAAAAAACAUUGGUAGCAGCGAAAUCGACCACAAAAAGCAGAAAUCAAUAGGCAAAAGUUGCUCAUACGCCAACGCCCACAGUACAGCGUUGGAACAAGCGCCGCUAGGCAACUGCAUACAGUCAGUAGCUGUUCAACACCGUAUUCCAGCAACCAACUUGUGCCGCUUCAGCAACACAAUAACAACAAACACCACAAAUAGACUUCAAUCGAUGGUAUAAGAUGGCACUUGGAACUAAUAACUUUACGCUUCUGCACCUACCGACCUACGCCAAUACGUAACUCAACUAAGUACAGAGUAGCAAAAAAAAAAGCUUUGAAAGAAGCAAAAUUUGUCGAAGAGAUCCAACAAAAUGGUGUCCAUCAUAUCGAAUUUAUUCUACAUCAGUCUACUGGCGAGCUUUAUGCCGCAAUACGCACAAGCCGGGAAAACAGAAGCCAGCGAACCGCCUGCUGGACAGGAGCAUGGCAGCGCUAGCUUGGCUAUGGCACGCGCUCGAGCGCUGGCGAAUAUACAAGAACAACUUUUACCGAAUUUAAAUCUCUUACAAUUGGAGGCAAAUGAGUUUCUCAGUCGGGUCAAUGGCGCCAUCUAUAAUAUGACCUUCAACGAGACUUUCGAAGAGGAGAUGAUGUGUCACAAUGGGCAGAAUGCGAUUGCCAAUCUGGUCACGAUGAUACUCUAUGCACUCGUUUGCAUUAUUGGGCUCUUCGGCAAUACACUCGUUAUUUAUGUGGUGUUGCGUUUUUCGAAAAUGCAAACAGUCACCAAUAUUUAUAUACUCAAUCUGGCCAUAGCCGAUGAAUGCUUUUUGAUUGGCAUACCAAUACUCUUGUAUACAAUGCAAAUCGGCAGAUGGCCAUUUGACGAUUAUGUGUGUAAAGCUUAUAUGGUGAGCACAUCAAUAACACAAUUUACAUCAUCGAUAUUCUUGCUGAUCAUGUCAGCCGAUCGUUAUAUAGCCGUUUGUCAUCCGAUAUCGUCGCCACGCUAUCGUACGCCGUUCGUAUCGAAAUUGGUCUCGGGUUUUGCUUGGCUGACGUCGGUGCUACUUAUGUUGCCCGUGAUACUGUUCGCCAACACGGUGCAGUCGAAUGAGGAUCACGUGUCGUGCAACAUUAAGUGGCCCGAAGCACAAAAUACACAAUCGGGUACCACAUUUAUACUGUACACACUGACAUUGGGCUUUGCCACACCGCUUACAUUCAUUUUGAUCUUCUACUUUCUCGUUAUACGCAAAUUGCAUACGGUCGGUCCAAAGCAAAAGUCCAAAGAGAAGAAGCGCUCUCACCGCAAGGUGACCAAACUGGUGCUAACAGUGAUUACAGUAUACAUACUGUGUUGGCUACCCUAUUGGAUAUCACAGUUGGCGCUCAUCUAUUCGUCGCCAAGCAAAUGUGCAUCGAGACUCGAGAUCACCAUCUUCCUACUAGCCGGCUGUCUUGGCUACUCGAACUCGGCCAUGAAUCCCAUACUAUAUGCAUUUCUGAGUGACAAUUUCAAGAAGAGCUUCCUAAAAGCUUGCACUUGUGCAACGCGUAAGGAUGUCAAUGCCCAGUUACAAUUGGAAAAUAGUCUCUUUCCAAAAUUUGGCAAAAAUCGUCAAUCGGAUCGUUUAUUCUCACCGAAGAAGGCGAAACAGAAGAAGUUGCUGGUAACACGUAAUAAUAAUGCAGCAAAUAUGCACAACGCGGCUUCAACAACAACCACGACAACGACGAAUACAACAACAACUAGCAAUAAUAGUGCCGCCAAUCAAAUUGUUGCUUACCCGGAUCCUCAGACCAGCAAUUUCCCGACAUUGAAGACGCCGCUAAUGACAGCUAACCAACAAGCAGCUGGGAACGUUGUGUCGGGCACAAAUGCAACCGUGCUUUUAGUGCCGGACACAUCGUGCGCAGACGUGUUGGAACAUCAGUUCACAGCUGAAGGCACGACGAAGCCGAUUGGUACCGAUAUGAGUUGUAAAGCGCCUGUGUUGCACACGGACUUAUAAGACUUGGCUAUGGGUGGUCGUACGCCAGUCGAGACCAUUGUCUAUGUGGCAAAGAGAUGAGUAUCAGCGAGAGAGUUCCGAAAUGAAGAGUUGAUAUGAGCGUUAGUUAUGACAAGAAAAUGAGGAUUAGAAAGUUUAUAGAGUGAGCGAGUAAGUUGCGUAGGAGUAUAUAGUUGAGACUGAGCAGUUGUGCUUGGGUAAUUAAAAGAUCGGCCUCUACUAAGCGGUAGCAUAUGGAUAGAUGAAAAUCUUAUGAGCAGAGAGAAAGAAAUGUUCGGUUUAAUUUGAAUAUAAUUGACGUCACUUAAAUAUUUAGGGAAAGUAUAGAAGGCAUUGAUAUCUCAUAAAGCACUAAGUAGAGUAAGAGGGUGUGAGAUGAGCUUUGUGAUAAAACUAGCGCUAUUAAUGAUAUUUCGACUUGAAGAUAUGUAUAUUAACUAAAAUUAAAAAGUCAAAUCAUGAGCUGCGUUUGAAAGCGUUUAUAGCAAAAAGAGUAGGGUUAGUAUUCAAAAUACUUAAUAUUAGGAGCUUUACUUAUAUAUCAUAUCAAAACUAUGCUGUUAA